AUGACGACGACUUGGAUAAGGCACGUGCUGGGUCAGGCCGAAAGCGCUUCCGGUGAAGUCGAUACCGGGCGUAUUGAACUGGACGCGAGUCUGCAUAACUCCCUUCUAACCUCAGAACUCGCCUCAGCACCGACAGAGUCCAUUGAUACAUCUGGUCCAUGGUAUGACGUUGAGGAGACAACCCCGGGACUUGGGUCUCACGAGCAGCACAGCGUGCCUUCUGCUCCCGCACAAGCCCAACCACUGCAAGAUCAGACCCACCAGCAAGGUGUCGGCAGUAUCGCUCAAAGCACGUCAGUGGAGUCUGCGCUCCACUCCCUCCUUAAGUCUUCCGACAGCGGCGAUGAUGGAUGGACAGAUAAGAACAUGGCUGAAUUGGAGAAAGAACUAGGGUUGGCUUGGGAGAGCAACAAGUGGAGUCAUCAUCGGCCCGCACACCUACCUCCCCAAGUCCUCGCUCGGCCGAGACACCACAGGACGAGAUCCAGAGUCGAGAACGCAGCGAAACCACUAGGCCUUGAGUGGGAGCAGCAGGAGACUCGGGUGGCUGUAGAAUCACUUGGGAGGAGGGAACUUGGCGAGGAAGCGCUAAUGGAAGAAGCGGGAGGGGUAGAGAUACGGCAGCAGGGAGAGCUUGCAGGAGAUCAGCAGAACCAGGCAGAGGUAGACGACACGGACGAUCCUAUGGAAACCAGAAGAGAAUGA